AUGGUGAAUAAAAAGAAGCCUUCUCAACGUCGUUCUAAACGAAAGAGGGUUGAUCCCGAAUUGGCUGCUCCCGAAUUGGCUGCUCCUGAAGCGACUAAUGGUGAAGGUAAUGCUCUUGUAGCGUUCGGUGGUGAUGCUGCUGGUGAUAAAAACCGUGAGGACGUUAGUGAGGAUGAUUGUGAGGUUGUAGGCGACGAUUAUUGCGAUGGUAUUGCGUAUGAAGAUACUGGCGAAGCAGAUAGAAAUUGUGUUGGUUUAGAAGAAAUUAUUUGUGAAGACAUGGCAAAUCAGUUUGGAGAGGAUGCGAGAGACGAGGAAGACUUGACUGAUGCGGAUAGUGGAGAUGAUAUUUGGGAUGAGGAGAAGAUUCCAGAUCGUCUAUCAGAUAGUGAAGACGAAGACAAUGUUGAUGGCGAUAAUCAUGUCGAACCUGAAGAUGCUGAAGAGAUGCUGCAUUUGGGGAAAACGUUUAGUUCUCCAAAUGAUUUCAAGCUUGCUGUUUUGAGGUACUCUCUUAAAACUAGAUACGACAUUAAGCUAUAUAGAUCGCAAUCUUUGAAGCUUGGAGCAAAAUGUACUUAUGUUGACGAGGAUGGUAAGUGUCUAUGGAGAUGCUACUGUGCUUAUGAUAAGAAGAAACACAAGAUGCAAAUCAAUCGAUAUGAGGGUAAGCAUAGAUGUGUGAGGUCUGGUUACAGUCAUAUGUUAAAGAGAGGAACAAUAGCUUGGUUAUUUUCAGAGAGGUUAAGAAAGAACCCAAAGAUUACCGCACAUGAGAUGAAGGCAGAGAUUAAGAGAGAGUACAACCUGGAAGUUAGUGAAGAACAAUGCUCAAAGGCAAAAUCAAAACUUAGGCGUGAAGCGAGUGCUAGUCAUCAAGAACACUUUUCACAGAUUUGGGAUUAUCAAGCUGAAAUUCUCCGAUCAAAUGAAGGGUCAAUCUUUGAGAUUGAGACAAUUCCAGGGCCAACAAUAGGAAGCUUGCAACGGUUUUAUCGUUUAUUUUUGUGUUUUAAAUCACAAAAAGAUGCAUGGAAGCAAACAUGUAGACCAAUAUUAGGAAUAGAUGGUGCUUUCUUGAAAUGGGAUAUAAAGGGACAUCUAUUAGCUGCAGUUGGAAGAGAUGGAGACAAUAGGAUAGUACCAGUUGCUUGGGCAGUGGUUGAGAUUGAGAAUGAUGACAAUUGGGACUGGUUUAUGAGGUUGCUCUCUAGGAGUUUGGGUCUUGAGGAUGGAAGCAAAAUUGCUAUAAUAUCUGACAAGCAAUCGGGUCUUGUGAAAGCUAUCCAUAACAUUCUCCCCCAAGCAGAACAUCGUCAGUGUGCUAAGCAUAUUAUGGAGAAUUGGAAGAGGGAUAGUCAUGAUAUGGAACUACAACGCCUGUUUUGGAAGAUUGCUCGCAGCUACACCAUUGGAAAAUUUAAUGCGAAUAUGGCAGCAUUGCAGAGCUAUAAUCCAGGUGCUUUUGCUUCCCUAUUAAAGACUAAGCCAGAGACAUGGUCUAGAGCUCUUUUUAGAGUAGGUACAUGUUGCAAUGAUAACUUGAACAACCUGAGUGAAUCAUUUAAUAGAACCAUACGCCAAGCUAGGAGGACGCUUUUACUAGAAAUGCUUGAGGAUAUUAGGAGACAGUGUAUGGUGAAAAAUCAGAAGAGGCAUAUUAUAGCUGGCAGAUUAAAGACAAGAUUCACGAAGAGGGCACAUUCGGAGAUAGAAAAAAUGAUAGAAGGGUCACAUUUUUUCAUAAGAAGCAUGGCUAGGAACGAUAGACACGAGGUAGAGUUACAUGAUGAUACUUAUAGUGUAAAUAUGAAUGAUCGAACAUGUGGAUGCAUUAAGUGGCAGAUGACUGGAAUCCCAUGCGUCCAUGCUGCUUUUGUUAUCAUAGCAAAAAAAUAG